UACCCGUUGCCUUGGUAACGGUACGCUUGUUGGUGUAUGCUAAUUCCUUCACGUCGUUUUAAGGCCAAAACCGAGCUGGCUAAUAAUACAUAUUUACUACAAUUCGCUUUAUUACAGCAGAACAAUUAUUCAGCUCUACAGAGGAACUCCUAAACCAACAGAACACACAGAAAAGCCUUGAUUAGUUUUCAGUAAGCCUUUAACACUAUCUGGUCAGAUGAGCAGCCUACAGUGUGUCGGGACCUCCUCAAAAGUCCCAGCAAAGGAUACAGAAGCUGUAAAACCAGGAGUCCUCAGCUCCAGAGAUGCACCAGUGAAUAAAUCGGUCCAGUCAAAGACACAGCGUCAGAAACCCAAACCGAGCACAUGGCCAGAUGGACAGCAGAUCAGAUCGUCAGCGAUCACCGAGAGGAGACGUGACAAUGGAAUCGUGGACCGGAUCACAGAGGCUCCAGAGCCGGUCUCAGAAACACCGAGUGCACAGCUGGAGAAGAGCUUUAAAAAGACAAAAGUCAAGCACGGACCAUCACGGAGCGAGACGCAUGUCGGUUUACAGGCUCCGUCGCCAGUAGACACGACCACGCACAGACAGGAAAAAUCGCCUAGACGCACUGCUCCUGCUGGUGCAGAAGAGAAGACCGUAAGUGCAGAGUGUGCGCAGAAGAUGCGUGAAGCUGUAGUCCAGGUGCCCCGAUACCUGGGAGUGCCAAAGCGUGGAACUGGCCGAAGCACAAGCGAGGCAGAGAGCCGAGGUGAAGAAGAGUGUGAAGAAGAGGAUGAGGACGCAGAUGAAUUUCGUGCUCCCAUUGAGCUGCUUGCAGAGUUCCUGAAGGCUGUGAUGGAAAGGAACUACACACUCUGCAAGAAACUCUGCCAGAUGAGUGAGUGCUACUGCAUGCAGUUUAUCACAUGUCAUGGUGAAGGAGGCGGGGCCGUUGUUCAUGUCAGUCAUGGUGAAGGAGGCGUGGCCUUUGUUCAUGUCAGUCAUGGUGAAGGAGGCGUGGCCUUUGUUCAUGUCAGUCAUGGUGAAGGAGGCGUGGCCUUUGUUCAUGUCAGUCAUGGUGAAGGAGGCGUGGCCUUUGUUCAUGUCAGUCACAGUGAAGGAGGCGUGGCAUCUGUGUUUGUCAGUCACAGUGAAGGAGGCGUGGCAUCUGUGUUUGUCAGUCACAGUGAAGGAGGUGUGGCAUCUGUGUUUGUCAGUCACACUGAAGGAGGCGUGGCCUUUAUUCAUGUCAGUCACAGUGAAGGAGGCAUGGCCUUUGUUCAUGUCAGUGGCUGGUCUCUGUGUUUAUCAGUCACAGUGAAGGAGGCUUGUCCUCUGUGUUUGCCAGUCACAAUGAAGGAGUUCUUAUUUAUGAACCAGAGAACCCCGAGGCCAAACACUUCCUUCCUCUAAUCGAAGAGAGACUACUGAUAGAAGAAGCACAGGAAGGCUCCACCAGUGAAGACAACACAUAUGAUGAUGAUGAUGACGAGGAUGAUGAUGAAAGCAGCAGUGGUAGUACUGAUGAUGAUGAUGAUGAUGAUGAUGAUACAGACACAAGUACUGAUUCAGA